GGUUAUAAAUAGCGGUUCUCUGGGUUGCCGGGUUAGUUCGGAGCUGCAGGGUCCAAACUCCCUCACACACUCCCUCCCUCCCCUCGGUGUGAGUCUCCAGCCCCGACAAUGCAGCAACUCAGCUGGCUCUUGAUGGCCCCGCUGCUGGCCAUGGUGACUGCAGCUCCUCGCUGCCCCAGUGGUUGUCACUGUCUCGGGGAUCUGCUUCAUGUGGUGUGUGAAAACAGGGGACUGAAAAAGAUCCCAAGAGUUCCCAACAAAGUCCGCCUCCUGAGUCUGCAGCAGAACAAUUAUCCCAUCCUUCCUUCCAGUGGAUUCAGCUCCAUGAAGAGUCUGGUUUCACUUCACCUUCAGGAUUGUCACAUUCGAGAGAUUUCACCCAAUGCUUUCCGUGGACUCAAGAAACUGGUCUAUCUCUACCUGUCCAACAAUGAGAUCAAUACCAUCAGGCCAGGGGCCUUCCAGGAUCUUUCACAAUUAACCUACCUCUACCUGGACAACAACAGAAUUAGCGAGCUCGCCAAAGGGCUUCUGACACCUUUGAAGAGCUUGUUCCUGCUGCAGCUUAACAACAACAGGAUGCACCAGAUCAGACCCGGGAGUUUCGCCGGGGCCAAGGAACUGAGAUGGCUCCAUCUGAGUGGCAAUGACAUGACCUCCAUUCUGCCCGGGGCCCUGGAUGAUGUAGAGAAUUUAGCAACUCUUCACCUGGAUAAGAACAAACUGAGUACGUACCCGGCAGCAGCACUCAGCAAACUCAGGGUGGUGGAGGAACUGAAGCUUUCCUUCAACACCAUCCGGACCAUCCCUGACAACGCAUUCCGCUCAUUUGGGAGAUAUGUCGAGCGCCUAUGGCUCAAUAACAUGGGGCUGGAGAGGUUUUCAGAUGGAGCAUUCAAUGGUGUCACCGCCCUCUCAGCCCUCCAUCUGGAUGACAACAAAUUGGAGACUCUACCUUCAAGCCUCAUCCUGACCAAAAUGAGGAACAUGACUCUCUCCAAUAAUCGCUGGCAGUGCACCUGCUCACUUGCUGCAGUGCGAAGAUGGAUGGACACCAGCAGGAAUCGUCCAGAUGGAGCCUGUGCUUCUCCAACCCAGUACCAUGGUCAGCAGAUCCGGGAAACCUCUGCCUUCAGAACUUGCCCAAGACGUGCAAAGCGUAAUAGAAAGAACGCCCUCUGAGCAGUAGGUGAUGGGAAUGUCCGUCCUGGAGACUGACUCCUCGUUUGACAAUGCCAACUGCUGACUCCUCACAGCCACUUCCCGCGCACACAGAAGGAAUUUCUCAGUCACUCUCCACAGCAAUCGUGAAUCAGCUACAAAUUCCUCAUAGCUUUGAAGAGCACGUAAUGGAAUGCAGCUUCAGCGCAGCAAUACCUCUUCACAGUCCAAGUGUGUUCACUCAAAAAUCUCAGCGCUUAAAAACAGCAAAGGAAAUCGAGUAGUUUAAACAAAAAAGGGGCAAACAUGCUUCUAACUAGAAGUAUCUCUUCAAGUAGAUGUACACAGGCUUUGUCAAGAUUACUGUAUUAAUAUAUAUAUAUUCACAUAUAUAUUUAUGUACUCAUAUAGGACAUUUCUUGGGACCUAGAUACUCUGUUGGAUGCUCUUCCUUCCCUCCAUCCCUCACCCCCUUGCUGUGCCAGUUCAAUCUACACCCUAUUCCUCCAUAGAAGUAUCUGUUUGGAAAGGCACAGGUGCUUUGGGUCCAGUGGCUCUUAUGAUUCCAAAACUUAGUCUGACAAAUACAUUCAAUUGCCUCUUGAAACUAUGUCAAAUUGUCUGCUUCCAGUGCCUGUUCUUCCAAAUUAUUCAGCAAAUUACUGUCCAGGGGGAGAUAGAUUUGCUUCAUUUCCCCUCUCAUUCCCAUUCCCAAUCCUCGAGUUUUUAACUUGCAUAGGAUCUCCUCUUAUUAGCUGGUACCCAAUUGAAACUAGAUUCAGUGUGGGUCCAUGGUAUUUUUAAAGAUGCAAAAUAUAAUGAGUUAGGAAGCAAAGAUUUUUGAGUUGUCUGCACUAAUGCACCACCAAUGUUGCAACAUUAUAUUUACCCCCAAAGUGGGGUACGAGGGAGGGAUGCACUCUGGUGAAGCAUUUGUGCACCUGGCUUCUCUUGCCUGUCCUGUAAAAGAGUCCUAUAUGAAAUGAGUUUGGACAGUAUACAAGACCUACUGCACAAAACUGUCCUUAGUUGGCAAUAUCACUCAGAUAAGCCCAGGGAGACUGGAAAUGGAAAUUUUUACUCUGCAUUAAAGCCAGAUGGAGUCAUAACUUGAUCCCAAUGCUGGGAUUCAUUACUCAGUAUGAAAGUCCCUUAUCCUGAUAAUCACAAAGUCCAUCAUUGUAUUUCUUUAACAUUCUUCUUUAUGGAGUGGCAUACUUAUCAGGUAGCUUGGUGGGGAAUAUGAGAUUAGUGCAACUGUGCAUUGCAGGGCAGGAUCUAGAGUGCUCACCAAUCAAUCUAAUCAGAACCCCACAGCAAGUCACAAUCAACUCUGGUCAAAAUGCACCUACUCCAAGUGACUAAAUGUGAAAUUCUCAAAUGUCCAUCCUCAAGCCUGUCUGGUUUGCACAGGUUAUUCAAGACCCUCUGUAUCCCUAGUAAUGGACCUAAGGCCCUUUUUCUGUGCUGUAGACCUCUAUGACUCUGUGACUUUUAUAAUAAGGAGGAAGCCCUGGCCAGAUUCCCAACAUCGUGCUGAAAGGGUUUGAGAUUUCAGGAUGACCGGAAUUGUCAAUCUCUCCUCUUCAGAGAGAUCAAUGAGCCUGUACCUGUGAGGGAGACCAGACACAAGGAGUUAACAGAACAUUGUAACCAUCAUCUUUAAACACCUUGAAGUCCCGGUACAUUGACUGGACAAUCCUAAUGUAUCUGCGGGUUUAAAACUUAAUGAAUUAAUUUCAACAAUUUAUUUAGCAUAUUCAUGGCCACAUCACAAGUUAUGAGCUCACUCUUUGAAUUUACUUUAAAGAAAUGACAGUGAGCAUUGUGGGCUAGGUCCUUACUGCAUUGCUAGGCAAUGUACAGUAUCAUGUCCAACCUAUAGUCUUUGGCAUCCAGUAAUCCAGCCUUUGGAGCUCUGGCAUUUUUAUAUUUCUUAUUGGAUGAUGCGUUCUGUUUGGAAUUUGUAUUUUGGGAGAUUGGGAAAGAGUUGUUGCCUCAUUGCGGAUAAAGCCUAAAUCAACAUAUUGACAGCAACUUAUGGUGACUUCAAAUUAACAAGAAGAGAUUUAUACACCUGGUUCUGCAGGGUCAGUGUACAGACCUACAAGAGGAUGUACUGAUCCCAGUCUAUUACAUUCAGCAUUACUUCAGUUGUCUUCUCGAUGGCAGACUCUCCAAAAGUCCCAAGUAUGAAUCUCAGGUGCCCCAUUUCACCUUUCCCCUUGUCCAUUGGAUUUCAGUCUGAUGGGCCCUGCACCUAGGCAAGUUUGCAUGAACUCAAAGGAAAAAAAAUGCAAGAUAACAGAGAAACAGAGGAGAGCCCUAAGUUGUUUCUGUGUCUUCAAAGUGAAAGGAAAAGUAUGCCAUCCUAAACAUACAACAGCACCUUCCAAACCCAUCAUGAUCAUCACCUGAAAGAAUAAGGGCAGCAGACAUAUUUGAACACCACCAUAUGCAAGUUCCCCUCCAAGCCACACAACAUUCUGACUUGGAAAUAUAUCGCCGUUCUUUCACUGUCACUGGGUCAAAAUCUUGGAACUCCCUCCCUACCAACCCUGUGGGUGUACCUACACCACAUGGACUGCAGUAGUUCAAGGAUGGCUCACUACCACAGUUAGAGAAGGACAAAGAAUGUUUGCUUUGCUAACAAUGCUCACAUCCCAGGAAUGAAGAUAAAAUAUGACAACAGGGCAAUUGAUUGAGCAGCUACAGCAGCAACAUCAGAGAUGGCAACACUGAACACCAAAACACCACCUCCAAUUUUAUUUCAUACAAAUCCUUCAGUUGAGAUGGUUCAAAAUCUACAUUGUAACAUAAAGAUGGACUAAACCUGUCCCAGUUAACUCUGAUAUUGCUACUCUCUUACCUAGCUCAGAGGCAUCUUAAAGAAAGAAAUUCCAGGCCAAGUUCAUGAGCACACAGAACCUUCAAUUAGCUCACGACCAGACACAGAGCACCCUCUCCUCUGCAAUAACAAUUGAGAAGGUUCACAAUUUUAUCUAUUUUAAAAGAAACCCUUGUUGGUGAGGGAAGUAUCGUGGAGAAGCAGAGCAAUUACCAUCUCAUGGCGUGUCGCUUGCUGCGAGGGGUUGCUGCAAUAUUUUAUCUUCAUGCUGAAACCAUUGUAUAUAAAAGGUUAGUAGAACCUUAGUGCAGGUCACUCUUAACAAAGCCCAAGAGAGAUUACGGGCCUUAAAAGGAUGUCUCGGGAAUAAUUUCUGCUGCCAAGCUGACAUUCUCAUCUCCAGUAAGUGUGAAUUGCUGAGCAACUCUUCUGCACUUUACUUGCUGCAAAUCUAUCAAUAAAAACAUAUUUUUAAUAUCA